AUGGUUUCCCUUUCGGCACAAGCCGGAAGAUUCUUCUUACCUCACGAGACAGCCCGCCAUGCAGCAACCAUUCUCGGCUUCCCAUCCAAAGUCUCCAUCGCCUCGGCAUACUACGAAAGCGCAUGUGUCGACAUUGCCAAUCUUGCCUCUGUCAUUUCAGUCCAUGAGCCAGUCAGACUGUACGUGCAACCUGAUGAGCUCCACAAAGCACAGUCAAUGAUCAGCCAAGCCAUCACCAAGUACCCAAGCAACAUUUCAAACAUUGUUGCCAUUCCAUUUCCCACAAAUCACCUUUGGGUCCGCGACACAGGCCCCGUAUAUGUUCGUGGAACUGGCGAAUCCAUCAACCAACGUUUCGCAGUCAAUUUCCGUUUCAGUGAAUGGGGAAAGAAACACGAGAUCGCCAAGCAUGACCGUGCUUCGGAUGGACUUGACUGGCCUGUCAUGAGUCCUCGACAGAUCGAUGAAAAUGCAGCCUUUGCACGUAGGGUUGUUAUGUCUGAUAUCUCGCCUUCUCCGGCGACUCUUAUCGAGUCACGGGUUUGUUUGGAAGGUGGGGCACUUGUUGUUGAUGGUGAAGGAACGCUUCUGGCGACUGAAAGCAGUGUCGUCAAUGAGAAUCGGAACCCAGGUCUUUCAAAGAGCGCGAUCGAGGAUGAGCUACGUCGGCUGCUGGGUGUUGAGAAGAUCAUCUGGUUCCCCGGCAGAAAGGAUCUGGAUGUUACUGAUGUGCAUGUCGAUGCUGAAGUCAACUUCAUCCGGCCUGGUGUUGUUGUUCUCUCACGACCACAUUCUAGCGUGCCGAAGGAAUGGCUGGAGAUUUACGAGGAGAUCAAGGAGAUACUGGCGAAGUCGGUCGAUGCGAAGGGCCGUCCUUUCGAGGUGCAUGUUGUGGACGAGCCGAAUCCCAAGAUCUUUGGGGUCUUGUCUUACGAUGAACCUGCAACUAACUAUGUGAACUUUUAUUUCGUCAAUGAUGGGCUUAUUCUUCCCCAGUUCGGUGAUUCCCGGCGAGAUCAGGAGGCCUUGGUAUUGUUUCAGAAGCUGUGUCCUGAUCGCGUGGUGAGGCCGGUAUUUGUGUCUGCUCUUCCAUUGGCUGGGGGCGUGAUUCACUGCGCAACUCAGCCAGUUCUUGAAUGA